CGCGCCUCCCGGAAGUGGCCGGCCCCGAGCGAGAGCGGGGUUCUGCGCGGUCCCUGGCUGUUCUGGGCGCUAGUCUCCCGGCAACAGGGCCCGGCGGGGAGAAAGCGUCCAGGCCGGGGCCGCACACUGACGAGCGCCGCGCGGAGCGAGACCUGGUGACGAUGGCGGGGCCGCUGGCGCUGCAGCUGGAACAGUUGUUGAACCCGCGCCCGCGCGAGGCGGAUCCUGAGGCGGACCCAGAGGAGGCCACUGCUGCCCGAGUGAUUGACAGGUUUGAUGAAGGGGAAGAUGGGGAAAGUGAUUUCCUGGUGGUGGGUAGCAUUAGAAAACUGGCAUCAGCCUCCCUCUUGGACACAGACGAAAGGUAUUCUGGCAGGGCUACUUCUAGAAAAGCUUGGAAGAAGAACCAUUGGGAGCAGACUCUGCCAGAUUCAUCUGACCAGGAGAUACCUGAUGAGGAAGAGUCUGGAGAUGGAGAUGCAGAGGGGCUGGGUCUGGAGGGAUCCGAUGAGGAUGCCAUGAGUGCUGCUGAGGAAGAAGAGUGUGACGAUGACAGGGACAGUAGUCUGGCCUGGAAGAAGAGCCAAAACCGCACUGGGAAAACACCGGGUUUUAGUGUCCAGAGCAUCAGUGACUUUGAAAAGUUCACCCAGGGAAUGGAUGACCUUGGUAGCAGUGAGGAGGAGGAAGAUGAAGAGGAGGAGGAGAGUGGCAUGGAAGAAGGGGAUGGGGAGGAAGACUCUGCGGGUGAGAGUGAGGAAGACAGAGCUGAAGACAGGAAUAGUGAAGACGACGGUGUCGUGAUGACGUUCUCUGGCGUCAGAGUUUCUGAGGAAGUGGAGAAAGGAAGAGCUGUGAAGAACCAGAUAGCACUGUGGGACCAGCUCUUGGAAGGAAGGAUCAAGCUACAAAAAGCUCUGUUGACCACCAAUCAGCUUCCUCAACCAGAUGUUUUCCCUAUUUUCAAGGACAAAGGUGGCCCAGAAUUUGCCAGCGCACUAAAAAAUAGUAAGAAUACUUAUGCCACUUGGGGAUACUUAGAACCACUGGGAUACAUUGAUAUACAUUGUAUUUGUAGCACCACAGAGUUGAAGAAGAGAAGAUUUGAUUUUAGUGAUAAUGUG